AUGUUUGCGUUUGUAGCGUUUACCAUUGGUCGUGAGCUGGAGGGCAGAUUCCUGUCGAGCGGUAUGUCGCUUUGGCGCAUGCGGAGGCCACGUGCCUACGUUGUGUUUGCGUUGUACUCGAAGCUUUGUUAGCGUGGCGUGGCGUGGCGUUCCAGUAGCGUAGAGUUUCUCUUGGUUCUGCCCUAGUUUUGGCUAGCUUGGUUUCUCAGUUCCAGUAGCAUACCUUUUUCUCUUGGUUCUGUCAAAGUUUUUUCCGGUCGAAGUGGUUUUCGUUGCCGUUGUUCGUCGUUUUUCCUGUUGUGGUUCGUCCUCUGCUGGAGAGUUUUUGGUUGUCCUCUGUAAUGCCGCGCUCAUCUCGCUCGACUAACAACAGCUUAUCGGCGGGCCUUCCUACCGAAGACCCCCUUCCAUCUACGGCAACGUCUGAAAGUCCUGUGUCGAGUACGGCUUCUAGUUCUUGGUCGCCUCAGUUGGCUGACUCUCUCACCGAGGCUGUGGCUCGGGCAAUCGGAAACUCCAUUCCCGCCAUUAUUUCAUCGAUCCAGAGAAACGCCUUCUCGCAGGCUUCUUCUUCGGUUCCAGGCGUUUCUGCUAGCGGGGCUCCACAACCUUUAUUUUCUUCAGCGUCCACUUCGAGUGCGAGUACAGGUGACGGUGUUUCUUCGGUGGCUUCCAAGCCUUGA